GGUCCGACCCCAGACGACAGCGGCCCACUGGGUAAAGGUGGGUCGCCCUGCAGACUGUACCUGGCGGGUGCUGUGGGUAGAGGGUAGGUUGUGUACAGCCAGUGUACCUGUGUGGAUAGUCACCUAACGUUUCGCACUUCUUACAGGACCUCCAGUGACCGCCAACACGCACGCACGCGCGGACGACGCUGGCCGGUGCGUUCGCCGGACUGUCCGCACAUGCAGUGCACGUGCCGGGGUGGACCACAGCAUAGACAGGAUGCUGCAGCGGGUGUGGGGGUGGCGCUGCGGUCUGCUGCAGGUCCUCCUGGUCACCUGGGCUGCGUCAGUGUCAGUGGCGGGCAGCCUCUACCGACUCGUCACUCCAUCCUACUACAUUUUGUUCUCGGGGGACCUGGAGGUGACUUUCUACAUGCCGUCCAACGUGUCGCUUCCUAACGCCUUUGUGCGGCUGCGCGGCUUCAACCCUCGCCUCGGUCAGUGGCAAGAGAUCACCAGCAUGGGACUACCUCUGGGGCAGACGACGGGAAACCUUUCUGUGGCCUGCGGCGUGCUGGAGUUUGGCGGCCAGUACUCUCUCACCAUGCUGAUGCAGACGACAGGGCCUGUGUUGGCUGAAACAACAUUCUACUCUCUGUGGCCCAACCUGGUGCUUCACCUGCCAUCCUCUCACCUGGCGCUGACAGCAAACGUCGUCAUGGAGAUUCGCUCCAGCGCCACCUGCGGGUCGCGCCUGCACCGCGAGUUCCUGUCCCUGGUGCUAACAUACCAACGGACGAAAGGCACGGAGGGGACCGCCACCCGUCUGAGUCAGCCGGUGGUGCUGGAGAUGACCAACUUCACGCCAUCGACAAGAACAGUUCGCAGUGGAUCUUCGAGUGUCAGGCUUUCGAUCUGGAGGUUCGUACCAGGCCUCCCUGCAGACCUCCUCUGGUCACGUGAUCUGCACAUCUAACAUGAUGGAGGUGAAGUUCAACGCCGCCUACCGGCUGUCGGUGGAGAGACCCAGUGUUUUCCCAUGCAACGACACAUCGAGGUGACGUACACGCAGCCGUCUUGCGCAGGCGCAGGCGGAAAGAUCCGUCUCUUCUCCCUCCACCGCUCUCCGGGAUCCCUGGCAGCGCCGCUGCAGCACCGCUAUGUCACGGAGCAAGUGGUUCACCCGGACAAAAACACUCUGGCCUUCAGCUGCUCUCACCUGAACCAGACGGUGACGGGCUACUGCUUCGUGUACGUCACCGUGGCUCGCCUGGGCGCCGUGGUGCCGCAGAGGGAGUUGUGUUUGCCCUUCCACGCUGACGCAGAUCUUCCCGAAGAUGGCGGCUGGAGCGCGUGGACCGCGUGGAGUGCGUGCUCCGUGACGUGCGGCGGGGGAUCGCGCAGUCGUUUCCGCAUGUGCAACGUGCCGCCCCCCAAGCACGGAGGGUAUUUCUGUAAGGGAGAAGCCGUUGCUGUCAGUCCCUGUCACGUGGCCUGUCCAGAUGCCGUCCGGCUGACCCCACUGCACUCGCCCCAUUUCGAUGCCAGCUGCGUCUGUGGGUGCACGUUGACGGCCGAGUCUGGGGAGAUCGCCGCUAGCGGUCGCUGUCAGGGCCUGGCAUCGUGGGUCAUCAAAACGGAUGGACGAGGGCAAGUCACCUUGACAUUUCGCUAUUUUGACCUGUUACCUGGCAGACAGUGGGUCAAAGUGCGAGACGGUGAGAUGGAGGAAGAUGAUUUGCUGUACUUCUCUCAGCACCACGCGGUGGCAGGUGAGGUAACAUCGUCGAAGCACGUGCUGCGCGUGGAGCUCAUGACGGUGACCCCACCAGGAGCGUCACCACCUGAUGAUGUCAUCUUCCCCCAGAACGACACCUACCCCAUUCAUCUUCACGGGUUCAUAGCAUCAUAUCACAUCAGAGAACGACAUCCGUCCGGACUUCCAGCACCACUGUACCGCCGCGUGCAGAGCUCCGUGCUGCAGAGUGACGUCACGGUUGUCGGCAUAGUGGUGUGUGCUGUGCUGCUGGCGGUGUUGCUGGGUGUGGCCGUCGUGCAGCGUCUCUACUGGCGCCACCUUCCCAAAUACAACAUGGCGGCCACGGAGGAGAGCCCAGCCCACUGCGCCCACAGCUCUAGUGCCCACAGCAGUCAGCCCUCCAGCCCUGGGCCCCACGUACAAGUGGACAUGGACAUCCCCCUUACGGGUGGCGGGCGCCGGAAGUCCUCGUCAGGCCAGAAAGCUGUCUCGCGUGCGUCAUCCGUGUCGAGCACCUGCAGCGCGACACUAAAAAAGCUGCGCGCGCGUGCUGACGGCGCCGAGUCAUCAGCAGCGUCAAAGGGUGCAGGUGCUGUGUGCAACGGAAGCCCCAAGCCGUCGACCCGCGCCUACACUCCGGUGGAGAACACGUCUCCCCAGGACACGGACCUUGACCCUAGCUUCUUCCGAUCGAGUCCCAUCUUCCGCCACGUGGCUCCGCGCUCGCCCAGAGUGCACCCCCAUGGCAGCAGCGCGUCUGUGGACGCCCCGGUCUCUCCCAUGGCAUCUCCCGUGCUCACCAAACACGACCUGUUGGCCCGCAAGCGCCAGAAGCGGGAGGGCUCAGUAUCCGGGGGCGGCGAGCUGGACAGAGAGGUAACGGGAUCAUCAGGCUCAUAUUCUGUCUCCAAGAAAUUAACGCCUACACUUCCAACUCCGACAACCACCUCCAUCUCCAUCAGACCGAGACCCACGGUAUCGCAAACGCCGACCAGUGGCAAUGGGAACAUGAGGUCACCCUUUGACCCACGACAAAAACCUGUUACCACUCCUUCCUCCCUGCAUCACCCCCUGCCUCUCUCCCUUCAAACAUCCGGUAACACGGUGCGCUCCCCUACAUCGCUAAACCACUCUUUUGUGCCCACGCGAUUCUCUCCGUCAGACGAGAAACGUUCACAACAAACAGCCAACUCCUCUUCUUUAGAAAGCAAGAAUUCGCCCACAAAAAAGAAACAUUUGCCAACAGGCGAGCACUCUACUGUUGCGCCAAAGAUUUGCCAGCAGAUAAAAAGCACUGUCCUGAAGAAAGAGCCCCUAGACAGGAGUGCAUUCUUGAGAGAUUCCGUUCACGAUUUAUCGGCAAUGGCUAGGACGCCAGUCAGCGCCGAGACCUCGUUCAUCCAGACCCGCCCCAAGGCCAGGCGCCCAACCUCCUUGACCGAGAGCUACUCGCUGGACGUCAUCCACGUCCGGUCGCCCAGGUCACCACAGCCGGUGGCAAGCAAGCUGUCGGCCAGCGAGGAGCGCCAGACGUUGUUACCCAAGCCGGACGGCCAGAGCCCAAAGUCGCCGCGGGGAGAGCUCGGUGGGGUGGAGACGAGGACGUCCAGCCCUGGCAAAAGCAGCCUUGGCUCGCGCAGCCUCGGGUCAUUAAGCGCUCGAACUCUGUCGCCCUCACGAAGCAUCGCAACACCAGAGCUGGAGUACGAUGACUUUGUCAUGGACGACCCUUUGUCUUACUUUGACUAUGAAGAAACGUCAAAACUGACAUGGCAUGGGACUGAGAAACUUGGCAGGACAGCACCCAAAGACAACUAAAGGGGUUAAAGUUGUUUGGCUGCUGAUACCGUUAGUUGAAGAGGUGGCUGCAGGUGGAAAGGACCUGGUGCAGGCAUGAAACAGCUGAAAAUAGAGGUGUAGGGUGUAACAAAAAGCACUAGAAAGAGACAACAAAAUUGAGGUAGAUCCAGGGACGAGACAAAAAGACAAGAAAGCAGGCUCAACAAGCCAGUUAAGCGAACAGACAUCACUUUCUAUGACGAUUAUCAGUGUGAAAUGCACAGAUUGGAAAUAUUGUUCAGUGUGUGACCUAGAGAUGGAAAAUGUCAUAUAGAUAGAUGUAAAUUCUGUUUAUAGUGUGGUCUGACAUACAGGUCCCAAGCAUGGUGUGAUAAAAUCAGUAACAAGUGUAGUAGCAAGGACAUGGCUGUGGGCACACAAAAAAGUAUGCAUGUUGUUGGUUGAAGAGAUGACUCAUUUGUGAUCCUUGCUUCACUGGUAGUUCAAGUGAAAAACAGUCUAACCGACUUCUACCUGAAUAACUCUGCAAAGAUUUCAUUACAAAGAUCUCUGGGUGCUCAGGCUGGAUACCCAUGGUUUGGUUCCUACAACAGUGUGUUGGUGUGUGUGCAGGCAACAUCUAGCAGUGGGUAUCCAUGUCAUAAACAAUGCGCUUGGAAUACUUACACCAGUCAAUAAUUGUGUGUCACUUCUGGGAUGACCAAUGAUCUUGGCAUGUCAGUGAGAUGUCAGCAAUCAGGCUGACAGUGGUCAUCAAAGGUCAGGCAGCUGCACAGCUCCUCUCAAUAUUGACCAUGAUUAUGUCAGCUUUCAGUCAGUUAAACACAGUGGCUACAUCAGUCUCUCUUUCUCGAUGACCAGCUGUUUAACCGUAAAAUGACACAUUUAUAGACAUUAAUAAUAACACAAGACAUAUCACAGAAUAUUCAGUGUCAAUAGAGGAAUGUUUACAUAGGCGUUAAGAAGACAACCUUUACAUGAAGGUUACACAAGAAAUGAAUUACAGAUGAGACAACACAAUGCCACUAGAGUCUUUCUGAUCUGAUCAAACACAAUGCUACUGUUUCUUGUGAUUCACUACUGAAUCUGUGUGACAUGCGAGUUCCUCCUCUUUUCCUUACGUACUCAUGCUCAUUUGUUAACAUUUUUACCAGAGUUUCUCACUAUGAUACAAGACUGUUCUUCACUUGUGGAACACAAAAAAGAGAUUAUCAAUUACAUAUUUAUAAUAUUUUUAGAUAAGACUUUAUCCCAGAGGGCAAUUAGAGGCAGCUCUAUAUCGAAGUACAACAAAACAACAACACCACAACAUAUUCAUAUCCAUAUUUUAAUUAGAUGGUUACAGCGUCGCUUUAAAGACAUGUAAUUGUCUAAUUUUUCUCUUAGUUUCAGUGUAUAAUGAUCCUGCUACCACUUUUAUGCAUGAAAGAUGUCGUAUGUCUCUACAAGUCAACUUUACAGAAAAAAAUCAUUGCACUUCUUGACUACUAGCAAAGAAAGUUCCAGUCAUGCUUAUGCUACCCUUGUUUCACACACAGAUUUAUGUGAUGAAUCUUAGCAGAAAGCUCUGUGGAUCAUAAAUGACUUAAGGUUAAAGUUAAAUCAAUAAUUUUAUUAGUUCGUGUUACUAAGUUGUACUGUCACAAAUAUAUUUCCUUUGUAAAUCAACACUUCUGGGGCAUUUUCUUCUGCUCAGUAUUUUCAUCACUCCAGUUUUUUUUCAGUUUAUUAAAAUGUAACUUUGUAUGCUUAAUGUCAGAAUGAUUUCAACCUCAAUUUAUUAACAAUAAUAAUAAAAGAAUUUGUAUGGUGCAUUUCCCUGUUGCCAGCAAGCUCAGUGCACUUUGACAUAAACAAGCUGGCUUAACAAUAUCCCCGUCACUAUUAGACAUACGCAUUCAAGGGGGAUAAUCGUGAUUCCUGAAACACAGAGCACAUUCACAUAUAAAAAGGCACACACGCACACAUGGAGUGGAAAGUAGGAGAAGAAAAUGCCACCAACUGCUUAAAGCAUUCCUAGAAGGCUGUUACUGGAAUAAAGGAAUUAAGUGUUCUAGUCAACUGCUUUGUUCGGUGGUUAGCUAUGUUGAAAGGAAGGUGGUUGAGGGGGAAAUUGGUAUUUUAAGCCAAGUCAGGAACUGACUGUAUCACUGCAAAGCAGCCGGCCCUAUAAACAGGUGACGUGUUCAAAAAGAACAGCAUGCCUGAGAUGAAAUCUAAGCCCAGGACAGCCAAUCUUCACUGUAUUUGUUUGCUGAUUUGAGAAAUUUAUUUUAAGUUUUCAUAAACAAUAUUCAGCUUGGAAAAACACUAUGAGAGGAAAAGAAGAUGGCACUAUCUGGUUUAUCUGUAUAACCUAACAACCAAAUAAAGAAAAGGUUCCAUUUUACCUGUUUUCAUAU